CUUUCUCCAGAACACCCUACUCCUCAUGGCCAUCCCCAUCAGCACUUACCGCAGCUGGAAGGUCGAGUAGUAUCUCUUCCUCAGUUCCUGGAAGCAGAGGCCUGGAUGGCUACUCCUCUUUCGGCACCAAGGGAAGGUGCCACGCUGGUAGUAGCGGUCCCGGAACUUGAGAGACCGAGCGCUAAGAGGGGAGGGUUCUUCAGGGAGCCUGGAGCUGUGCUCGGGCUGGCCUGGGCCACUGUGGGUGGGAAAGACUGGACCCGACUGACUCGUUGGGCUCAAGUUGGGGAGGGUCGCUGGGAACAGAAAAGAGACGGAAACCAAGGAGGCCUAGGGUGGGGAAGAGCUUUGAAAGGGGUGCUGCGGAAGUGAUGGAGUAAGGGAGAUACAGGCUUUGGCAGGUAAGAGACUUCCGAGGGACGGAAACACUGGUGUAUCAGAGAAGGAUGAAAGGAAGAGGUGUUUGAGUUCGAGGGGAAAAGAGAAACUGGGGAGUAUGGGGAGAUCCUAGAAGAGAGGAGGAGGAUCUCCUGAGGAGGGAGGAAUAGGGAUGCCAGGAAGAGAAACCUGAGAGGCACAAAGGAAGAUGGAGGGCCAGACAGUAAAGAAAAGCAUGGUCCGUACGCAUCUAAGGGGACACUAAGAAGAUUUUCAGGGCACAUCAUAGGAAUUUUGGUCGACAGAUGUCGGGGACGUGCAAAAUCCUGGGAAUGUGGAGAAGCAGCAACGUUAUGGUAGGGUGUGGGCACAUACAGGGCCCGGGGGAGUUCUACAGCUACUUGAGAGAUGAGGGAUUUAAGGAGGAGGGGAGUGGAGGAUAAAAUAGGUAAGCAAAGAUGGGGGAUACAGAGUUUUUUUUUUUUUGAGACAGAGUCGCACUUUGUCGCCCUCGGUAGAGUGCUAUGGCGUCAUAGCUCACAGCAACCUCAAACUCUUGGCUCAAGUGAUUCUCUUGCCUCAGCCUCCCGAGUAGCUGGGACUACCUGCGCCUGCCACAAUGCCCGGCUAUUUUUAAAGACGGGGUCUUGCUCUAGCUCAGGUAAUCCGCCCACCUCAACCCCCAGAGUGGGUGAUACAGAGUUUAUUUGGCUAUCUCAACCCUUAGUUUACCUCUCUCUUUAGAGUGGGGUCUUGCUUGUUGCCCAGGCUGCAUUUGAACUCCCAGGCUCAAGCAAUCCUGCCUCAGCCUCUGUAGUAGCUGGGAUUACAGACUCUAGCCACCAUGCCUGGCUAGUUUUUCUAUUUUUAGUAGAGAUAGGGUUUUGCUCUUGCUCAGGCUGGUGUCCAAAUCCUGAGCUCAAGGGAUCCUCCUGCCUCAGCCUCCUGACUAGCUGGGACUACAAGAGUGAGCCACCGCAUCUGUCAGACCCUAGGUUUUAUCUCUGCACCUGCUGGGCUUUGUGAUGGGAGAGUUCUCUCUGUUGUCACUAGCCCCAUCUCUAAAAUGGGAAUGAAUUAUAACAUCCGUGUGACCAGUCGUGGUGAUUUGCCAUAUCUGCUAAGUCAUCUGUUCUCUUAACUGUUUUUUCUUUGUUUUUUUUUCCUCUCAAUGUUUUUUUCUUCUUCCUCUUAACUUUAAAACUGGCAGGGUCCUGGGACUUGUCUCAAAUCAUGAUGAAAUGGUCAUCUCUUUUGUCCUUGCCUGUGUUCCUAACCUCAAACUGUCACUAACUUAUUGACCACUACUGGGUGCUCUAUACAUAUACUGCUGUGGCUGAAGGGGGCAACUCAGGAGGAGGCAAAAGUAGAUAAGCCAGUUCACUGGUCUCCAGUGUUUGCAGGGCUUUAAGAGCUCUUUGCACAUGGGGACCACCUUCCACUUGAAUCUCUGGCCCUACAACUGUGCUGUCAGUAGCGAGGCUCUCAAGCACUUCAGCAAUCUCCCAAGGCAUCACUUCACACACCUGCCCACUCUGCCUUUAGCAAUUCUAAGAUGCCCAGUAGCUGGCCUAGCACGUUGGAGUCCACCAUACAGAAUGGUGGAGAGGUGACCCCGGGCUCCAUGGAGUCUCUUGUUUCUGGUACAGUUACAUAGUCCUGGUUGCACUGUUUACUUGCUGUAAGUAGUAAAAGAAGACAAGUGACUUCUGGGCCUCAGUUUCCUCCUUGGUGAAAUAGGAACUGACUUGGGGUCCCUGAACCCCUCCUCUUCCUAUGCACAUCCAGCUAUCCUGGCCAGAGGUGAGAGGUAGGGGUUUACUGUUAGAUCCCUGUCUGUGUUACCCUCUCUUUAUAGACUGGUGUCAGGGUCCCAUGCUGGGACUCAGUUUCUCCAUCUAUAAAAAUGGGACACAGCUCCCAUUUCAGGGUGCACUGGAUGAAGUGAGACAUCAGAAUGUAAGGGUUGGUAGGUAGCCUACUAAAGAGCACAUACAGCUUUAUUAAUUCUUGGCAACUCACGGUGCCUAUUUUGACAGGAUCAGAUAAAUUUUAGUUUUGAUCCUAAUUGCUGCAGUUGAGCCAGAACCUGAACCAACUAGGAACCUUAUUCUUGCGGGUGUGAGUUUCUGGUCGGAGUACUUUCCGGCUGCGGUGCUAAUCCUAUGAAUCGGUCCCCGCCUCCGGCUCUAGAAGUUGGAGUGUCUCCGGAAGUUCCCCCUUCAGCCACUUCCGGACCCGAAAGUUUGCUGCGACUGGGUACCGAGGAAGGUACUGGGGAAGGGAGCAGGGCCAGGACCGGCGAUCAAAGAAGCAGUAGAGGACUUGAGUCUGGGCCGGCGUGGACCCCAGGGCAGCGGGCGGUGAAGACUGAGAAGCACCGCGAGGGACAGUUGGGGAGGGGCUGCGGAGACCGGGGGAGGUCAAGAGAGAAGAGAGCGGGUCGAUUCCUUGGACACCUGUUGACCCAGAGGCACAGGCCUGGGGUUCACUUUACUCCCCAAGGCGUAGAAGGGGGUUGUCGAAUGUGAAAGCAAGAUCAAGAGGGAGGAAUAAUGGACCUUGAGAAGAGGCCGUCGUCCAAGAAAGGUUCCUGAAGGAGGCAGGGCCCAGACUUGAGGAUGGGAGGGUUUGGGCAGCUGGAGAGAGGUGAGGAUGCUGGAGUAGGGGUCACUCUGCCACUCUCGUUGGGGAUCCGAGGUAAGAAUCUGGCCCUUUUGGGGGUCAGUGUUGUGCUUCUUAUCGCCAGCCUCCGGGGACUGUUUAGAGGAUUAAGCGCGAACCUGGAUGUGAACACUCAGUGUGAACUGAAGUUUGGGGGACAUGAGUAACCUGCCACAGAUGAGGCUGGAGGGUCAGAGAUGUUGCGGGGGGCCCAUGUGUUUAUUUGGUAGUGUUUGGGGCUGGAAUGAGAAUCCCAGACAGCAUGAGCCAGUGUGAAUGGAGAAGUCAAGAUGACUCAUUGUAGUUGUAUGAUCAGGGUUGGAAAAGGUUGCUGAUGCCAUGUUGUGAGAGGGCUUGAAUGCUGGGCUAAGUGGUUUAUAUUGUGGGCAGAUCUCUGGGAAGAUUUAAAGUAGCGGAGGUUUUAGAUCCUUCUGGAGCUGGUGGACUGGUGAGUAGGGUGUGCAGGAGGUGCCCAGCCAUCUUGCGGGAUUAAAGUACACAGGAUUCCAGAAGACUAAGGAGGAGGUGGCAAAUAGAUGCAAGGGGAAGAAUUGCCAGGCAGAGGGAAACACAUGAGCCUUUGCAUGUAGAGCUGUGCAAAUUCAAGGUCUGGCUGGGGAAUCUGAGAUGCUAUGUGCAGUUGGAGCAUGGGAAUGAGAGGCGAGGUGGAGAAGUGGCCAGAUACCUCACAAAGAGCCUAGAUUCUAAACUGAGAAACUAAAAAACUGAGUUCCUGAGGGCACUGGGGGCUGCGGAAAGAUUCUGAAUAGUGCAGGAGUUGCAUUCAACACAGCAGUGGGCCACUGUGGGCAGGGAAGUGGCAGUCAGGAUCCCAGGAAGAAAGUUGGUGUGGAAGCCCAGGUGAGUUAGGAAGGGACCACAGCUGGGGCUUACAGACUGAAGAGAUUACAUGGCUCUUCAGGACAUUUCAGGGGAGUGGAAGUGCUAGAACUUAGGGCCUGUCCAGCUUUGGGGAGAGGGGAAGGAUAGGAGACAUUUGAGGUUCUGGACUUGUGUAGGUGUUGGGGCUUCAUCAUGAUCAUGUCCCUUGGAUUAGCAGGCUUUUUCUUUGCGUGUGUGUGUCAGUGGCAGGAGGUAGGUAAUGCUUGGCUUUUGAUGAAAUUCAUUCAUUGAUUAAUUCAACUAAUUUUGAAUUGGUCCUCUACCCUCUGCUGGGACCUUCCCUACAUUCUGAAGGUAGAAGGUUGAUCAGGGUGGGGCUGGCCCUGCCUUCCUGGAGAGUGAGGAAGGCAGGUAGUAAAAUAGCAGGUCAAUAACUAUAUAAGGUGCCUGUAGCUCAGUGGUUAGGGCGCUGGCCACAUACACCCAAUCUGGGCCUGCUAAACAACAAUGAUGACAACUGCAACAAAAAAUAGCUGGGUGUUGUGGUGGGCCCCUGUAGUCCCAGCUACUUGGGAGGCUGAGGCAAGAGAAUCGCUCAAGCACAAGAGUUUUUUUUUUUUUAGACAGUCUCACUAUGUCGUCCUUGGUAGAGUGCCAUGGUGUCACAGCUCACAGCAACCUUAAACUCUUGGGCUUAAGUGAUUCUCUUGCCUCAGCCUCCCAAGUAGCUUGGAUUACAGGUGCCUGCCACAAUGCCCGGCUAUUUUUUGUUGCAGUUGUCAUUGUUGCUUAGCUGGCCCCGGCCAGGUUUGAACCUGCCAAUUUUGGUGUAUGUGGCUGGUGCCAUAACCACUGUGCUACAGGCACUGAACCUAAGCCAAACAGUUUGAGGUUGCUGUGAGCUGAGGAGCAGGGCAUCACCCACUUGAGCUGACACAAUCAGUAAAGGCUUCUGCAACCAUGUAUUAUAUAUGCUGAGACCUGAAUGGCCAGAAUGAAUCCAUUCUUUUGACGAGCGCUGUGAAUAGUGGAAAGGCAGCAUUGUGGUUAUGGGGACAGUCCACACAGGGUCUUGCAGGACAGAGAAGGAGGUUUUAAGUCAGGGAAUGACGUGAUUCUAUGGGCUUAAAAAAUAAAAUUAGAUGUCACUAUAGAAAGAAGGAAUGGGAGGAGGUAGAGUGGUGGAUGGAGAGGCUGUUGCUGGAAACCAGGAUUUAUGCCAGGGGCUGUGGUGGUGGGAUUGAGAAGUGUGUAGUGAUUGCCUGGCAGAGGUCUCACCUAGGGAAUGUAUGACCGGAUCUCUCUGAGCUGUUUUGUCAUCUGCACGAUAGUGUUCUUAGCAGUACUUACCUCAUAGGUCUGCUCUGAGGACACAGAGCAUUUAGCAAUGGUUGACCCUGAGUAAGGGCUCAGUAAAUGUUGGUAAUUGUCAUUAUUUCUGGGGAUGGGGGGAGUUGUCGGAGUAAAACAGUGGUUUUCAAUGGGGAGUGAUGUUGCCUGCUAGGGGACAUUGGUUAAUGUUUGGAAAUUUUUUGGGUUACCACCACUGGGAAUUAGGGAGGGUGCUACUGGCAUCUGUGGGUGGAGGCCAAGGAGGCUGUUCAGUAGUACCCUACAGUGUACAGGACAGCCCCCCACAACAAAGAAUGAUACAGCCCAAAAUGUGAGCACUUGCAAAAUUGAGAAACCCUGGUGUAGACAGAGGUGUGGUUGAAGAUAUAUGAGAAUGGUGGCCCAGGGAGCAAGCAGAGGACAGAUUCAUAUGCUUUAAAAGCACAGGCAGGUGAGCAGAGUAAGGAGGGGCCCCUUACACCAGGAAUGUCCCCUCAUGCUCCCCAUCUGUGAAAUUACUAGUGGGGAGAACAUCUAGGGCAGUGCUGUUUAGUAGGAAUACAAUUUGAAUCACGGGGGUAAUUUUAAACUUUCUAAUGGCCAUGUUAAAAAAGUGUAAAGACGGGCAGCGCCUGUGGCUCAGUGGGUAGGGUGCCGGCCCCAUAUACUGAGGGUGCCGGGUUUGAACCCGGCCUCAGCCAAACUGCAACAAAAAAGCAGCCGGGCAUUGUGGUGGGCGCCUGUAGUCCUAGCUACUCAGGAGGCUGAGGCAAGAGAAUUGCGUAAGCCCAGGAGUUGGAGGUUGCUGUGAGCUGUGAUGCUACUGCACUCUACUGAGGGUGAUAAAGUGAGACUCUGUCUCUAAAAAAAAAAGAAAGAAAAGUAAAGAAACAGGUGAAAUGAAUUAAUUUAGCUUUUUUGAGAUAUAGCCCAGCUAUUUUUCGGUUGUAGUUGUCGUUGUUUGGCAGGCCCAGGCUGGUUUCAAACCCAUGAGCUCUGGUGUAUGUAGCUGGUGCCCUAGCCACUGAACACAGGUGCCAAGCCAAAUGCAAUUAAUUUUAAUAACAUACUUUCCUUAACCCGGUAUAUCCAAGGUAUCAUUUCAAAAUGCAAUCCAACAUAAACAGUAUUUGUGAGAUCGUUCACACCUCUUUUUCUGGUUUUCCUUGUAUUAGGUCUUGGGAUACUGUUGGGUAUUUUGUAUUUGCAGCCCAUCUCAACACAGACCAGACAGAGACACGUGCUGAGUGCUAAGUGGCCUUGUGUGCCCAGGGUCUGCCAUUCUGGACAUUGAAACCCUGAGAAGGCUUUAAUGUUAGCCUAAUAUCACAAUUGUUCACUUGAAGAUUUGCUGGAGAAGGUGGCUGCUUUCUCAAUUCUAGCUGGUUGUUGCCACAUGUAGGUUUUUUUUUUUUUCAAUGUGUACCCGGAAAUUUCCAUUUGUGUGUGCAUUUUCUGGCUUUUAAAACAUUGCCCGGUAAAAUGUUAAAAAAAAAAAAAAAAAAGCAAACCUUGUGUGCCUGUUCCAGACCAAGUAUCACUGUGAGCCCUCUCUGGCCCUUGGGCCUCCAGUUUGCAACUGGUUGAGGGUGAGUGGUCUUCAUAUCUAUUUCAUGAGUAGGUAGCCACAUGCGGCUAUAAUUACAUUGAGGGAAGGUAAAUAAAAUGUAAAAUUCAGGUCCUCAGACCCACUAGCCACAUCUCAAGAGCGCAGUAAUAUGGCUAGUAGUUGUGUUGGAUAGCGCGCAGAUUCCAGAACAUUUCCACCACUGAGAAAAGUUCCGAUGGGCAGCUGGCUCUGCAGGACGUAGCUCGGGCCGCUCCAUCCCUUGCCAGGGCUCCUGGGGCUGGGCACGAUAACAACCUUCUUUCUGUCGCUCCCAGCUGCCCACCCCAUCACCUCUUCCCUUGCGGCUCUCCUGCGGGGCAGGCGCAGGUCGUCCCCCCAGCCGUCCUCAGCGCACUUACCGCCUCCCCACUACCUGCUCCGGGACACGAACGUCACGGAGGACAAGCUUCGGGCGCGGAGCUGGGCCUGGGCAGGGGCUGCAUCGGCGCCACCGCGUGCGCUCCGACGACCUGACCUGCCUUCUCGACGCUGCUGCGCACCUGGCCGCCGCGGCUCCGUCGACUUCCCCUUCCCCUUGUGCCCACUGGAAGUGUCACCUUCCCCACCUCGGUAUCUGGCCUGCGGGCUUCAGUUUCCCCAUAAGGUCACGGGGAAGUGCCGCCCUCACCCUUUUCCAUACCCAGCAACGUCUGGCCUGAGGACCUUGGUUUCCCCUCCCGCCAAGUGGAGAACCUGGGCUUGUGCUACCUAUAUCAGAGCAUACGGCUGGCCUCUGGGUCUGGCGCUGCCCAUCUCCUUAGAACACGGACGUACUCCCCUCUCUCCUCACUCUGCGUUGUGGGGCGGUAAAGCCCCAUCAGGCGAGUAGCCCAGUGGGAAGAGGACAAACCCAGGCGCGCCAAUUCCUCCGGGAUUUCGGGCAAGGACUUCACUUAAACUCUGUUCGCCGAUCUCUGUUAAAGCGAUUGAAUUGUUGCUGUUUGGAAGGUGGGAAAGGGAGGAGGGCGACCGGCCUAUUCAGCCUGGCGGGUGCCUCGGGUCCCCCGCCCUCCGAGGCGCUCCAUAAAGGCGGGCCUUCGGGAACUGCCGCCUCAGAGGCGGCGGAACCUUCGCGCGGAGUUAGCGCGUUUCCGGCCGGCUUCUUUUCUCAGGGACGCCGCAGCCCCUCGCGCCCCAGCGCCCUAGCCCCUAGUCCCCACGUCCCCGGCGCCUCCGGCCCGGAGCUGCCCGGAAGCCUCGGUCCUGCCGCCGGCGCUCGCCAGGGAAAGCCCGGGGCCGCCCGGGACCUCGGCCCGCUCCUCCGGACCUGAGAGGCCGCUGCACCGGCUGCCGCUCCAGAUGCUGCUUCUGCCGCCGCGGCCACCCCACCCUCGGUCCUCCUCUCCAGAGGCCAUGGACCCACCGCCCCCCAAGGCGCCCCCUUUCCCCAAGGCGGAAGGCCCCUCUUCCACUCCUUCCUCGGCGGCAGGGCCCCGACCCCCGCGGCUGGGCCGCCACCUACUCAUCGACGCCAACGGGGUCCCCUACACAUAUACGGUGCAGCUGGAGGAGGAGCCCCGGGGCCCGCCCCAGCGCGAGGCACCCCCAGGAGAGCCCGGCCCACGCAAGGGCUACAGCUGCCCGGAGUGCGCCCGUGUCUUUGCCAGCCCUCUGCGGCUGCAGAGCCACCGCGUGUCGCACUCGGACCUCAAGCCCUUCACGUGUGGCGCCUGUGGCAAGGCCUUCAAGCGCUCCAGCCACCUGUCGCGGCACCGCGCCACGCACCGUGCCCGCGCUGGCCCACCGCACACCUGCCCGCUCUGCCCACGCCGCUUCCAGGAUGCCGCGGAGCUAGCGCAACACGUGCGCCUCCACUAAGCUCCACCUGGCCGGUGCUGCUCUGCCCCUUUCUGGGCCACCAAGUCUGACCCACACAGCGUCACUCCCAUACACACUCCCUGGCUCUGCUGAGGUUACUGCCUUACUUUGGGCCUCAGUUUCCCCAUGUUCCAAAGGGACAAGCAUCAUUUCCUCCAUCUCCCUACCCGUUCUAGCUGUGUGAUGUAGACCAAAGUCGUUGCCCCUCCCUGGACUUGGGAGCCAGUCGGAACUGGGUUCCGGUCCAGCUGUGCUGUGAACCUUUGCAAGUGAAGUGACCUCUCUUGAGCUAUGGUUUUCUGCUCUCCGAAGUGGUAAACCGAUUGUUGUUCUACAGGGGAAGAGAUAACAAAAGAGCCGGGGCACGGUCUGGUUCAUUUAUAUAUCUCCCCCAAUUCUACCCACGACCUCCAUCACUUUGCUCAAUAAACAUUCCGCACUCCA